GCGACUCCAUUGUUCAACAUGGCACCAGUAGUGGAGUGGCGUUCGGUGACUUACGUGUUACUAGCCGCAGCCGUUGCGUGCACCCAGGCGCGCAGUGUGUUGGAGACGAACUCGGUGGACCCUGCGGACGAGGAUGAAGGCACGUGGUCAACGGUUCUGCUGCGCGACCUGCGGAUGGUUUACAAGACGUACCGCGACUGCGAGACGCGCGGCAAGGACGUCACCACCUGUCUCAAGGUGAAGCUGCUGACGGAGCUGGACAGGGCUGCGAGAAGCCGUGCGCCCAAUCUACGGCUCGUCGACGGCCUCGUCAGUCUCGUCAGAGACGACUCGGCAGACGGCGGCGACUCGCGGCCACUGCCGCCGGAGCAGCAGCUGGUGGAGACGCUGCCGCGGUCUGCCGAGGACAAGCAGCAGUCGCUGGACGCACUGCUCGUAGACCGCGCCUCGGCCUUCCUCAGGAGCCGUUCGCUGCAGCUCAACCUCGGAGAGGCUGCGGCGCAGAUUGUCGAAGGUCGUCGCAAGAGGGACAAGAUGGGCGGGCUGCUGCUGCUGCUGCCUGUGCUGAUGGGCGGCAUGCUGAUCCCGCUGGCGCUGGGCGGCCUGGCGCUGCUGGCGGGCAAGGCGCUGCUGGUGGCCAAGCUGGCGCUCGUGCUGUCCUCGCUGCUGGGGCUGCGCAAGCUGCUGGGCGGCGGCGGCGGCGAGCAGCACGAGCCCGUCGUCCAGGUCGUCUCGCCGCCUCACCACGGCCACUACGGCCGCAGCAUCGACCUCUCGCCGCUGCAGCACACGGGCGGCGCACACGACCUCGCCUACCGGGCACACGCAGCCCUCCCCUCUGUCGCCGCCUGACGAUCGCCGACGCACCGCCCUCUAAUCUCGCCCUCCGCCGCACCGUACCUCCAGCAUCACAACCACCACUCUUGGCUUUGAUCUCAGCACCCAUUUCUCCUUCUGUUCGCGAUUCCCGGGUCCCGGAUUGUGUUUUCUGAAACACCUGCCCCCCUCCCCAGCUUCCCUACAACGACAAGUAGACACGAAACGAAGUUCCUCGACGUAAGAAAGCUGAAUUGCCUCUCAUACAUAAGACAGGUAUUAUCCUGCUAGUCGAGCUUACGGCACGAAGCCGAAUACGAA